CCGGAAGUGGAGGCUCCGGAGCGCUAAGGGCUCCUGCUUUUGUACGGUGGCCGCGAGGGGCCAGCCGGCUCGCGGUGCUGGAGUGAGCGGGCCGAGCGGGGAGGCUGUGGCUCCGUGCGGGGGAGAAAAAAAACUUAGAAGGGGAUGUUUGACAAGUUUCAACCUAAAUCAUUCCAUGGAUGAGGAGGACAGUGUUUACACUCUUGUGCCAUAGGCUGCAUUUUCACCCCCCACUGUACAGAGCUGUGGAGACACUGCCUUGUAACUUCUCAGUGGCUCUGGGGACCUUGACAUCUCUUCUCCAUCCUUAUCACUGAGAUAACUCCAUCGGAGUUAUGCUGCCAGGACUUUCCUUGGCGUUGGCUGCCCAAGGUGGAGGGGGAAAGUAACAAAUUCAUAUCUUGCAAGACAGUGAUGGCUUUUUCUCUAGAAUUUGAAUAUGGAGGCCACAGGGACAGAUGAAGUGGAAAAGCUAAAAUCCAAGUUUAUGUCUGCAUGGCACAACAUGAAAUACAGCUGGGUAUUGAAAACAAAAACUUACUUUAGCAGGAAUUCUGCUGUCAUCUUACUGGGAAAAUGUUAUCAUUUCAAGUCUGAUGAACCCGGUGAACUCUCUCCAGAUGGAUCCUGCUUGGAUAUAGUUGACACAGUCAUUUCUGGAAACGUAGAAGAGUUUCGUAAAGAUUUUAUUUCUAGAAUAUGGUUGACUUACAGAGAGGAUUUUCCUCAGAUAAAAGACUCUGCUUUGACAACAGACUGCGGUUGGGGUUGUACACUGAGAACUGGCCAGAUGCUGCUGGCUCAAGGGCUUGUGCUUCAUUUUCUUGGUAGAGCCUGGACCUGGCCGGGUGCACUGAACAUUGAAAAUUCAGACUCUGAAUCAUGGACAAGCCACACAGUGAAAAAGCUGACUGCAUCAUUUGAUGCAUCACUUACAGGGGGGAGAGAACCCAAGGUCCUGUCAAAGGAUCAUAAGGAAGCACUAAAGAGAGACUGUGAUGACAGUGAAAUGAGAGAUGAAGUUUAUCACAGAAAAAUAAUCUCUUGGUUUGGAGAUUCUCCACCCGCAUCUUUUGGCUUGCAUCAGCUAAUAGAAUAUGGAAAGAAGUCUGGGAAAACAGCUGGAGACUGGUAUGGGCCUGCUGUAGUAGCACACAUUUUAAGAAAAGCUGUUGAAGAAGCAAGAGACCCUGAGUUACAAGGGAUAACUAUCUAUGUUGCUCAGGACUGUACAGUUUACAGUUCAGAUGUUGUUGAUAGGCAGUGCUCUUCUAUGGGCUCUGAAAAAGCAGAUAUGAAAGCUGUAAUUAUAUUAGUUCCUGUAAGACUUGGUGGAGAGAGAACCAACAUGGACUACUUGGAGUUUGUAAAGGGAAUUUUGAGUCUUGAAUACUGUGUUGGUGUUGUUGGUGGGAAACCUAAGCAGUCAUAUUACUUUGCUGGAUUUCAAGAUGACAGUUUGAUUUACAUGGAUCCUCAUUACUGCCAAUCUUUUGUAGAUGUCAGCAUAAAGGAUUUCCCUCUUGAGUCAUUUCACUGUCCUUCCCCCAAAAAGAUGUCAUUCAAAAACAUGGAUCCUAGCUGUACAAUAGGAUUUUAUUGUAGAAACAUGAAAGACUUUGAAAGAAUUUCUGAAGAAAUAACUAAGAUGCUGAAAUCUUCAUCUAAGGAGAAAUAUCCCUUGUUUACUUUUGUAAAGGGUCAUUCUAGAGACUAUGACUUUGCCUCCAGUCCACUCCAUGAAGAAAAUGACCUUUUCUCCGAUGAGGAAAAGAAAAGAUUAAAAAGAUUUAGUACAGAAGAGUUUGUCUUGCUUUAAGGAUAUUUUACAGUAGGAUAUUGGCAGCUGUCCAGGAGAACACUUGUCCUUUAAAAAAAAAAAAAAAAUCACACAACACAAGGCAAGCAAUAUUGAAAUUGAUCUAUUUUCAUAAAGAUUAUAAUGUCGUAUAUGUUUGGUCUUUAAAAUGUCACUCAUAAAUGUAAUUAUUUUUGUUCAUUGAUAGUUGGAUGAGUAUGAUGACACUUUUUGCUAGUGAAGACAGACAGCAUUGUUUAGAGCCAGACACAAUAUAGCAUGGAUGGGUACCAUAUAUGCCCUCCUUGAUAGCUCUGUCAAUGAGCCGAAGUCUUGACCUGCAGUCCCCACUGCUGUUCCAGUCCUGAACAGUCUGCCAAUUAUAUGGUGGUUUUGUGGUGUGGACAUGUCAUCUAAUUUUGAGACUACUGGAUUGUUUCCAGUUUUAAGCAAAACUUGAAUCUAGGGCUCCUGAAGAAAAAGCCUUGUUCAUUUAAUCUCUCUUUUGCUGUCUAAGCCCCUGUAAUGGUUAGUAAUGUAAUGAUGAGAUACCUUUCUAGCAUUGCACUACUCAAGAUAUAACUUUGAUAUAUCAAUAGUAGUUGUUAGCUACAAUCCAGAUGCAAUUAUAUAAGCAGAAUUGUGAAUUAAGGUACUAUUUAGCAGUAUGAUUUUAUAAUGGCUACUCAUUAAACUUGCUGUUGAAUCUUAAUAUCAGGAAUGAAUAUAAAGUAUUGGCUUUUCCCUACCAUUUUUAAAGGUUAUGUUAUUAAUAUUAACUGCAACCAAUCAAAGCAGAUAGACAGUUAUUAAAUGGGGGCAGUGUUUGUUUCUUGUCUUGACAAUAUAAUUGAGACUUCUAUUCCUACCCAGGCAGCUUCUAAUUCAGAGCAUAAAACAGCAAAUUGGGGGUAGACAGUAAAUAUUCUGCGAUAUGAUCUUCUGAUAUGUGCCAUUAUUCAUUGCUCUUGGUGAUUUUAGAUAUAGAGAACAUCUAGCAAAUAAGUCUACAUGAACAGUUUCAUGCUUUCACAAAACAAAUUCAGAAUUUAAAAUACACAUUUAACACUGCCUACAUUUAAAAAUAACUUUUAUUAAAGGUGUGAGAGUAAAUGCAUGUAUUUAUGAACUAUAAUGGUAAAUUUCUCUUGCUUGAAUUGUUUGAAUUCUGGAUCUAAAAAAAAUGGAGCAUUGAGGCAAAUACUCUGUAAUAAGGCAAAUUUUAUUGUAUUAUAAACCAGCUAUUAACUUAUUCUAAAGUGCCAUUUAGGCACAGAAUGCACAAAUGUUGUCUACCCAAAUAUUAAAUAUUCUAUGUAUCACUAAAGUAAUCUUUUCCUUUUAUGAGAAUGGAGACUAGAGUUACUAGUAGGGAGAUUUUAGGCAAAUCUGGGACAAGCGCAUGUUUGUACCAGAGUUGAAUUGUUCAUUUUUCACAUUUGUUCAUUGAGUUAUCACUCCAAAAAACGGGGAUUAUUUUUCAGUUUCAUUUGUUUUCAUUUUAAAAAAAUUCUCCAGUUGAUUGGAUAUGGUAAUUUGCUCCUUAUUAAAUAUUUUUAAUCAGUGUAACAUUACUUUUAGGUCCUGCAUAUACAGAAGGAAUCAGUUAGGGCUGAUCUUAUUUGAUAUUUUGUCCUUAAUAAUCCCAAAGUAGUAGUAAAAUUAACGUGUUAAUGAAAUGCAGAUAUUAAUUUGGGAAGAGUUAUGAAUACUAGCGAGGGCUAGAAAAUAUUGUAGAUUUAAGUUUGGCUUGCAUUUUUCUAAUGAUAUUUUUUGCAUUAUUUUUCCAUAUCAAAAAUAAAUAUUAGGGAGUAUGUCCAGAAAACAAAACUACUGAACUAUGUGGGAUAAUGGACAACAAAUUAGACAUGAGCUUGCACUGUGCAUUCAAAAAAAAAUGAAAGAAAAAAGCCAAUGCAAUUCUGGACUAUGUAUCUAGACACUCAUGUAAUAAAACAAGGAAGUAGUAACUGUU